AUGUACAAGUCCAUCGUCGCCCUCACUGUUGCUAUCGCCUUCGGUUCUGCCAUUGUCAGUGCCGCUCCGACCGAGCAAGGUUCGUGGUGUUACAAUCCCAAGAACGAGCAGUUCUGGGGCCAGGCCUCGUCUGAGUGCUGCCGCUUGAACGGCGGUCAAAUGGGCUCCGACCGCCGCUGCUACGGCCUUCUUGGCAAGGACAAUUCCUGCCGCGCCUUCUAUGCCUGUUGCAUUGGCACUUGGAACAGCGGCAACCACAUCGGCGACAGCUGCUUCUAA